CUCUAUAUUAGUUAGGUUUAACAUAUAGAAAACAUACACUGUUUACGUUUAAUGUUCGCUUUUUACCUUCUGAUUGAGAGCUUGACCAUCUCUGUGGCUGCUGACGAUUCAGAAACAUGCCUCUGUCAACUCAGUCCCAAGCAGACAUUGACCAGUACAUUCUGAUCGCCAGUUUGGAUAAUGCAAGGAAUCUGUCCAACAUCCUGAAAGCUAUCUCUUUACGGGACCAUGCUAUCUUCAAUGCAACACAGAAUGGGUUAAAAGUCACUGUUGAGGACUCCAAAUGCCUUCAAGCCAAUGCAUUCAUUCAGGCUGACAUCUUUCAAGAGUACAUAAUCAAAGAGGAUGCAGUUGGGUUUCAGGUUAAUUUAACUGUUCUUCUGGACUGCCUCACCAUCUUUGGGGGAAGCACAGUCCCAGGUGUGUGCACCGCCUUGAGAAUGUGCUACAAUGGCUACGGAUAUCCGCUGACUUUAUUCCUGGAGGAAGGUGGUGUGGUCACCGUAUGCAAGAUUAAUACACAGGAGCCGGAGGAGCCCAUAGACUUUGACUUUUGCAGCACAAAUGUAACCAACAAGGUGAUUCUGCAGUCAGACAGUCUUAAAGAGGCUUUCUCUGAGCUUGACAUGACCAGUGAGGUUCUGCAGAUUACUAUGUCACCAAGCCAUCCUUACUUCAGAUUAUCCACAUUUGGGAAUUCUGGAAACGCUCAUUACGAUUAUCCCAAAGACUCAGACAUGAUGGAGCUGUUCCAGUGUACUAAAAUACAGACCAACAGGUAUAAGAUGUCCCUGUUGAAACCCUCUACGAAGGCCUUGGCUCUUUCCUGUAAAGUCUCGGUGAGAACUGACAGUCGAGGCUUCCUCUCUCUACAGUACCUUGUGAGGAACGAUGACGGUCAGAUUUGUUUCGUGGAAUAUUAUUGCUGUCCGGAUGAAGAAGUGGAAGAAGAAUAGAUUGGAAAAUGCAACUGUUUUUGUCUCGUUUGACAUUUAGUGUGCACCGACCUGAUGGUUCCUUAAUCUGUUUCUGAUUUUAAUUUAUAUGAAUAUUUCAUGAACAACAAAUAUUUGAAGAGUUGAGAUGCAACAGCCUCAAAGUGCCAUCUGAAAUGUUCUUCUAAAACUAGCAUUUUUAUCAGGCUCUUAUAUUUAGAUUCAGUCGUUUGACUUUAAUGGCAAUGUAUGGGUCCCUUUCUAUGCCAUUAAAAUGGAAUAACUAUACGUAAAUAGAGGAGCCUGAUAAAAAUGCUAAUUUUAGAUGAAAAUAACAGAUGACGAUUAGAGUCUUUUGCAUCUGAAGCCUUAAUUUGUAGAGUUUAUUACAUAGUAAAAAAAACUGUUUUGUUUAUUGAAUUUGAGACAGUAUUCUGUGUGACCUGCAGGGGGCAGCAGAGAAAUGCUAUUUAGGCGACUGCAUAUAAUAUUAUUAAGAGCCCGAUGUUGGUUUAAGUUUAAUAUAUUAAAGAUGCAGAGGUUAGUUUAAGCCGUUAUGCUGUUUUAUUUAAUAUACGACUAAAAGAUUAUAUAUAUAUAUAUAUAUAUAUAUAUAUAUAUAUAUAUAUAUAUAUAUAUAUAUAUAAUAUAUAUUAUAUAUAUAUAUAUAUAUAUAUAUAUAUAUAUAUAUAUAUAUAUAUAUAUAUAUAUAAAUUAGACAAAUCUAAUGUCUCCAAAAAAAAAUUGUAUGUCUGUUAUAAUGUCGUAAAUCGGUUUAUAACAACACUCGUAAUAUUUGCAUUGUUCUACAGUUAAAGCUGUUGUCUGAAACAUCUAAAUGUUUAAUGCGUGUUCUUUUUAUUACACGAAUGCGUUGCGAGGCAAACAUGUAGUUGAGCAAAGCAGCUUGAUGUUGAUACUGGCUGACGCACGCACUUCUAGAAGAAAGUCCCAGAACAGCGCGCGAGGCUUGAACUGCUGCCUCGCGACCAAUCGCUUCUCCACUCGCGGCUGUCGAGGCAACACUGUUUCCGGGCAGAGGAACAUUACAGGAGCAAAACAAGCGCACUUCUGUCACUCACUCAUCUCAGCGGGUUACCACUGCCACAGGCAAGCUGCUUAAAGAGGCUGCAGUGAAGCCCGCUGAAAACAACAAAAGUUCUCAUUAAAUAGAGUUAAACAUAUUGUGGACAAUUUGUAGAGAGCUUUGGACUUAUUUGAAUAGUAUUUCAUUAUAGCUGAGAAUGAAAAAGAUUGUUUGAAUCCUUAGUUAGUACCUAGUUUGUUCUGAACAAGGGGUCUAAAAGGCUCAUUUAAAUAUUUUGUUUCUUUUAUUGUAUUCUUGCACCAACUUAGUUUGCCUGAAAAUAGUUAAAAAAUAAAAUAUAAAGGCAACAGGUC